AUGUCGGCCGCUGCCGGGAUCGACAGAAUUUCCACAGAAGACGACCUUCCUCCUUCGUCGUACGAUGGAGUCCAUCUGCCGUGGAAGACGUUUCGUCAACAAGUGCUUGCUCAGUACCGCAUCAGAAUUCUGGACUCCCCUCCCAAGGAGAAAGUCCCUGCAACGCUGCUGGCAAUGAUCCAGUCCGAGCUACCCAACGUUGCCAAAUAUGAAGCACAGAAGGAGCAAUUCCGCGGCCAGGUCGAAAAGGGGAGGGGGUUUGGACCUUCACCACUCUUUCCUCCGAACUUGUUACCUCCUAUUGACAACGAACCUCGACUUGCUCGGUGCAUGGUGCCUUCUUUCAGCCGUGAAGCCCUUCCCGAGCGCGCCAUCAAUCAAAUGGGUCCGCUCUAUGAAUUGAGCAUCCCACGUAGCGGCCUUGGAUGCGGAUUUGCUGGCUCUGCGUUCACUGCCGCAGAGCUAGCCCUCCUGCCCUCUUGGCUGGUAACAACCGGUACCAUCGUCCAUUUCGACACAGGCUACAUCUCGCCUGGUGCGGCACUCUAUUGUCCCUUUCUGAUCUUCGAGCGUACAUUGGGCGACAAAGAACAUCGUCUCGAAGCGGCCAACAAUCAAUGCGCCAUCGGCGGCGCUUGGUGCAUUCGAGCGCUUCAGAUGCUCUACGCCAAAGCAUGGAAGGGAGAUAUGGUGCCUGAAUUGCCCAUCGCCUUCUCGUGCUCUAUCGACAACACGAUUGCGGUCCUUAACGUGCAUUGGAUCGACCACGGGCAGGUGUAUUGCAUGUCUCCUCUGUGCAAGUUUGAUCUCUGCAAAGACGAACACUUCAGCAGCUUCCUCAUCUGGAUUGACUCCAUCGGUAAAUGGGGUGUGGAACAUCUGCUCCCUAUUGUCAAAGCCGCACUAGAACGUCUCCAGGCAAAGACAGAGACUAGCGAUUCCACUCCGCAGGCCACCAGGCUCACUCUUGAUACCGGUGCCUGUCCCAAUGACGUGCUCAUCAAAUCCUUGAAGACCACAUUCGAAAACAUCCCCUGGCGAUUUGAAGAUGACGAAUUCACCCCUGUCAGCAGCAGCACCGCCAGCUGGGGCAGCCCGAUGCUGACUGACCUCAAUUUUGGCACCCUGAACUAUCCGAUCGUGCCGUCUCGUUCUCGCAACCGUACCCCAGUAUCCGCCAUCCAGAGGAAACAAUAUCUUUCACAAUUGGGCCACCAACAAACACCCCCACCCGCAUAUGGACAGAGCCCUGAGCUCGUCUGGCAAAAGCGAUUUGACCACGCCAUGGACGAAAUCCGCGAUUUGCAGCGGGAAAUCCAAGCCCUCAGAGGCGAUAUUAGUGAUUCGAACAUGUCUUUCCAGGGCGAUCUGUCUGGUCUCAAGUCGACCAUGGCGUCCGUGCUGCGCAAGGAAACCUUUUCUCUGCGCAGUAGAUCGCUCUCUCUAGGUCUGCAGGAGACCUGGUCGAUGCAAAGGGCUCCACAAAGUCCACUCGCCAACGAAAUCCUGCCAGAGUACAGAAUUAACAAGACUCCUCGUCUUCUACAGGAAAGGGUAAUUGGCGUUCCUACCACUCCAAAGAUUCUCGCUCCAGGCUUCCAAGAAGCUCAAGGAGAGCCCCCACUCUCACCGGGUCUGCCUUCUCCUGGUCUGCCGUCCCCGGGUAUGCCCUCGCCCACCUUCUCGAUGUACAGCGAGACCACCAAUAUCGUCACCAUCCCGCCGGCGCCGCCAAAGCCUGCAUCCUUGUGCAAAUUCGCCACUCUCAUGGUCUCGGGGCAUAUGGCUAGCAUGCUCAUCCCCAACGUCCUCCUGCGGAUCUUCGUCUUGGGCUGUAUCACCGACGUGUGCAUUCUGGCCUUUGCGAGCCCCCAUCUGCCCAGCUCGGCAGAAUAUCUCCUGUCGUUCUUGAGAUCGCGCUGA